CUUCCUCCCUUCCGACUGGGGCAGGGCCUCAACCAGGAAGGCUGGCAGGUGGAGGGCCGGGCCUGCCACAGCCGGCGAUGGAAGCCGCAGUGCAGCCUGUGCUCUACCAGAAGCUGAAGCUCUGGGAGCCGAGAAUGGAGUCCGGAGAAGAGGAGGAGGCGGCGGAGGAGGAGGAAGGCGAGGAAGAGACCUCAGAGCCCCUGGUCAUCUACCCCAGGAGGCCCCAAGACAGCCCUCGGAACAAGGCUGGCGGGCUGCCCGGAGCCUGGGCCCGACUGGUGGCGGCCCUGCUGCUGCUGGCAGUCAGCUGCUCCCUGGCCGUUAGGCAUCUCCAAGGCAAGGGCAGCUCGGCAGGAAGCUUGGGCUCCGGGGCCCCUCCAGCCAGCGGACAUGCCCAUCAUGCUGGCGAGUACCACCAUGGUGCCAUCAUCAGCCCCGCAGUCACUUGUUCCCACCUGGGCCAACAGCUGCUUGUCGCUGGGGGCAACGUCGUGGAUGCCGGAGUUGCAGCUGCUUUGUGCCUGGCUGUAGUGCAUCCUCAUACCACAGGACUAGGUGCCAUGUUCUGGGGCCUUUUCUAUAACAGCUCCUCAGGAAACUCAACUGCUCUGACCCCGGGAGCAGCCCAGUCCCUGGCACCCGGACUGGGGCUGCCAACCGCUCUGCCCGCCCUGCAUUUGCUUCAUGCCCACUUUGGCCACCUGCCCUGGCCACGCCUGCUCACGGAUCCUACCAUGCUGGCUCAGGAGGGCUUCACGGUGGACGCAUCCCUGGCAAAGGCUCUGGCAGCCCAGGGCACAAAGGGCCUCUGUCCACUGCUCUGCCAUGCUGAUGGGACACCCCUGGGCCUCGGGGCCAGAGCCACCAACCCAAAACUAGCAGCUGUGCUACGCAAGGCAGCUCUCGCCCCCACCCCGGACCUUGCCAGGGAUGCCCUACUGAGUGUGCUGGCCACAGACCUCGGGCUGGAGGAAACUGCGGCUGGGCCCAUGCCCGCCUUGGAGCCAGCACUGCAGCUCUCCAUGCCUGAGGGCAUCCUGUUCACCACGCCUGCGCCUUCGGCCGGCCCAGAGCUCCUGGAACUGUUGAAGGCGGACCCACACUCCAGGGAACCCAGCCCCGGCCCCUGCCCACAGCUCCCACCAAACGCUGGGGCCCCUGUGAGCAGCAUCCUGGCCACCGUGGACAGCAGCGGCUCUGUGCUCCUCCUCGCCUCCUCGCUCAACAGCUCCUUUGGCUCUGGACAACUGUCCCCAAGCACUGGGGUCCUGCUCAGCAACAUGGUAGCCAGGUCUGCAACUAGUCCCUGGGCCUGCCCCCUCAUUCUCCAUGGCAGCCUGGAUGACCCAGAGACUGACGUGUUAGGACUGGUGGCUUCGGGGACCCCCAGGGUGGCCAGAGCUGUGGCUCAUGCCUUGCUUAGCCAUCUAGCAGGGCCCCAAAAGCAGACCCAACAUCAGCACCAGGGCCAACAAGGACCCACAGAGAAACCCGGCAUCUGUGGCCAAGGGACCCUACUCCAGGUAGCAGCCCAUGCAGAACAUGCCCACGUCACCAGUGUCCCCAGUGGCUGCUGCCCCUUCCAGGGCUUCUAAUGGCGGGGCAGGGGUCUAGCACGGACAGGGGUCUCCAGCCUGAGCAGACCCAGGAGUAACAGAGUGUAUAGAGUAAACAAGGACUGUGUAUCCAUGUCUGGCCCAGUCCCAGCCUCCGGCCAGGUCAAUUACCCCUCUUUGCAGGAGCAAGGGCUGGACCAAGGACCCGGGGCGAAACUCCAGCACCCAGGGCUAGCUCAGUCCUUCCUCACACCAUCCCCACCUGAUGGGGUUUCUGGCUCUUUUAUCAGCCAAGGAACUUGAAGAUCAUAAAAAGCAACAGGGCCUGGGGCUAAUUCAGAUCAGCUCCAAGGAGGACUGGAGGAGGAACAUGCUAGGGACACAGCGGGCAGUGCCCAGGUGACUGCUGGCAUCUCCGUCUUCCUUCCCAGGCCAUUCUUUCCCAAUGUCCCUGAACUGGGAACAAAUAAAAAGCAGGUUUCCUGGGUGCCAAGUGCCA